AUGGUUUUAGCACAAACACUAGCCAACUCGACGACAGAUAUAAUAGAUGAUUUCAAUAGAAACGAACACGUCUCUGGAAAAAUGGUUUUUACGAAAAUGAUGUCAUCUUUACAAUUUCAAUUAUCUCAAAAAUUAUUAUCUGACGGUGGAUAUUUUCGUAAGCUCAAAAGGAUCUCUUUUGGCACUUGUAUUACAAAAUGGAAUAUGGAAUUCGAAAAACGUUAUGGAAAUUAUGGGUUGCAAGAAUUUGGUUUGGCAGUUUUUUCGCCACUUUUCUGA